GCUACAUCGCCGAACGUGCCGCCGCUUGGUUCACCUGUAUGGACACAGGGGGUAUACAUAGCCACUGGGCAUGGUAACUACCAUACAUUAGGAUGGGAUUUCCAUGUUGCGGAAAAGGGAAGGGCAAAUCCCGAUCAACAAUCGCACGAUCAGAUUCGGGCAGAUACGACCGGUCCCGUGACAGUCGUUUCACUAUAUUACAACUUGAACUUUUGCUGAGGGUCAAGUGCCG